ACGUUCCAUUCCCAUUUCCCCCAUUUCCCAUUCCGUUCAAGGCACUGACACGGUGAGACGUAUACCAUAAGGACGCAUACGACUCGAUAUUUGUCAGGAUGAAGUUGAACGUUUCAUAUCCUGCAACGGGAUGCCAAAAGCUGUUCGAAAUCUCCGAUGAACACAAGCUGAGGAUAUUUUAUGAGAAACGCAUGGGCGCCGAGGUGGAAGCCGAUGCUCUAGGUAACGAAUGGAAGGGAUACGUCGUCCGCAUUUCUGGUGGCAACGAUAAACAAGGAUUUCCCAUGAAACAGGGUGUACUGACGAAUGGACGCGUACGUUUAUUGCUGUCGAAGGGGCAUUCGUGCUACAGACCGAGACGUGACGGCGAGCGUAAGCGUAAAUCUGUUCGUGGAUGCAUUGUCGAUUCUAAUCUUUCAGUACUUGCCCUGGUCAUCGUCAAAAAAGGAGAACAGCAUAUUCCAGGUUUGACCGACACGGAAGUUCCACGCCGACUUGGUCCUAAAAGAGCAAGUAAAAUUCGCAAGCUCUUUAACUUGACCAAGCAAGAUGAUGUUCGUCGUUUCGUCGUGAAGCGCCCGGUACAAAAAGAAGGAAAACCCGUGCGUCACAAAGCACCAAAAAUUCAACGUCUCAUUACUCCUCUUACUCUGCAGAGGAAACGCCACAGGCUGGCUUUGAAGCGGAGACACACGUUGGCUCGCAAACAACAAGCAGCAGACUAUGCUAAGUUGUUGGCGCAAAGGCAAAAGGAAGCGAAGAACAGGCGCCAAGAGGAACUGAAACGAAGACGCAGCGCUUCUAUGCGAGAUUCGAAAUCGUCCAGUCAAUCUGCGCCUACCGUUCAGAAGUAAAAAUGAAUGAAGGAAA